AUGUUCUCCGGCUACAUUUUAGCGUUCGCAAACUUCCUUGCUCUCGUAACAUCAGCGCCCACACCGUCUACAUCAUCACCAGGUCUGGCGACUGUGGACCUGCGCAUUGUCGGUCCACAAAGCGCACAUUAUACCACCGACACCCAGUCGCCGACAAGCGACCAAAAUCGACAUCUUACCAUCAUCGUCGGCCAAACACUAUCGCUCGACCACGACCCUAUACCCAUCCAAGGGCUGCAGGUUGCAGCAAUCAAGGCUGGCGAUUCGUUGUCGCUGCUACCCACGACCGUCGAGACAGAUGACUGGAGAGUGACAUGUUUGGCGCGCAUCUAUGGGAGGGAGGAUCUUUUCGAGUUCGAUAUUAAAGAUAAAGGCGUGUUGCUGGCAGGAGGCAGAUUGGCGAAAGUCACUCGGUUGAGCUGCGCCGUGGUCGAGGAGGCAACACGGUGA